GCCCGCGUGACUGAAUCUGGGCUGAAUCCGCCACAGGAGCAGCGGACUGGGCUCGCGCUGUUAUCCAGGGACGUCGGGGGCGCGUGAAGCAUGGGUGACCCAGGUAAGCUCGCGCUGUUCGGUGUGUUGCUGCUGUGCGCCGCGCGGGACGGGGCCUCCGUGCCGCAGCGCGGGAUGCUCUUCCCCCGGGAGUCCGCCUCCAGAGAGCUGAAGGAGCUGAGCGGGCUGUGGGACUUCAGAGCAGACCAGUCCCCCGGCAGGAGCCUGGGCUUUGACUCGGCUUGGUACAAAAGUCGCCUGGCGGAGACUGGUCCAGUGAUUGACAUGCCAGUUCCUGCCAGCUAUAACGACAUCACCCAGGAUCCCAAGCUGAGAGAUUUCAUUGGCUGGGUCUGGUACGACCGAGAGGUGGUGGUGCCUGCCCGCUGGGUUGCUGACAAAGGAACCAGGGUGGUGCUCAGAGUGGGAAGUGCUCACUAUUACUCAGUGGUGUGGGUGAACGGAGUGAAAGUGAUGGAGCACAAUGGUGGUCAUCUUCCCUUCGAGGCUGAGAUAGGUGAUAUUAUCCGCGAGAACCCACAGGCACCAUGUAGGAUCACCAUUGCCGUCAACAACACACUAACUCUGGAGACCCUGCCUCCAGGAAGCAUCCAGCACAUGGAUGACACCUCCAAGUAUCCUAAUGGUUAUUUUGUGCAAAACACCAACUUUGACUUCUUCAACUAUGCUGGGAUUCACCGUCCUGUGUUGCUGUACACCACUCCUAAGGUGUAUGUAGAUGACAUCACUGUCGUGACCGACUUCUCUGAUAACACUGGCCUCGUCAGCUACAAAGUGUCGGUCCUCGGUGCCUCCACAACCAAUGUGAAGGUCACCUUGACAGACAAACAUGGCCGCUGUGUGGCCUCCUCCAGUGGGCCAUCUGGAGUCCUGAAAGUGACAGAUGUAAACCUGUGGUGGCCGUAUUUGAUGCAUGACAAUCCAGGCUAUCUUUACUCUAUGGAGGUUCACAUGACGACAGCUGAUGAAAGUGUAGCAUAUGAGGAUAUAUACACACUACCAGUCGGUAUCCGCACAGUGAGAGUCACCAGCACCCAGUUCCUCAUCAACAACAAGCCUUUCUACUUCCAUGGAGUCAAUAAACACGAGGACUCUGAUAUCCGAGGUAAAGGCUUGGACUGGCCCCUGAUUGUCAAGGACUUCAACCUGUUGAAGUGGCUGGGGGCCAACUCAUUCCGCACCAGCCACUAUCCAUAUGCUGAGGAGAUCCUGCAGAUGUGUGACCGCCAUGGCAUCGUGGUGAUAGAUGAAUGCCCAGGAGUGGGUAUCAAAGACAUACGUAGUUUUGGAAAUGCCUCCCUGGCUCACCAUCUGGAUGUCAUGGACGAGCUCGUCAACAGGGACAAGAACCAUCCCUCUGUGGUCAUGUGGUCAGUAGCCAAUGAGCCAGCUGCAGAGAUGCCCCCUGCUGGAUUUUAUUUCAAGAUGUUAAUAAGUCACACCAAAGCCCUGGAUCCUACCCGACCUGUCACUUUUAUCACAGACAGUAACUAUGCCAGGGACAAAGGGGCUCCCUAUGUAGAUGUAAUCUGUGUGAACAGUUACUUCUCCUGGUACCAUGACCCAGGCCACGUGGAGGUCAUCCCCAUCCAGCUCACAAACCAGUUUGAGAACUGGUAUGGAAAGUAUCAGAAGCCCAUCAUCCAGAGUGAAUAUGGAGCUGACGUGGUGCCGGGGCUACACAGUGAUCCGCCCAUGAUGUUUACGGAGGAGUAUCAGAAGAUAGUCCUGCAGAGCUACCACAAAGUAUUCGACCAGAAGAGGAAGGAGUAUGUUGUCGGCGAACUCAUCUGGAACUUUGCCGACUUCAUGACCGCACAAGGUGUGACCCGUGUGGUGGGGAACAAGAAGGGCAUUUUCAGCAGGCAGAGGCAGCCUAAAGCAGGAGCUUUCAUCCUGAAGGACAGGUACUGGAGACUGGCUAAUGAAACAGGUAGACUGCCUCCCUGGAACAAGUACCCCUGCCUGCUCUGACACCCACGUAUGGGGAGCAUCCAGCCCAGGAUGGGUUUCCAUGUAAGCACCGUGCCUUAAAGACACUCGGCCCAGGUCAAAGUGUUUUUAAGCGUUUUUUACAACCUUUGACCUCAGUUGGUGAACAAGUGAUUUAGCUAAACACCUAGCAGACAUUUCCAUUCCUUCAUAUUAUCUACAUUAAAAGAUGAUGGACGCCAGAUGGAUUUUACAGUGCUUUGGAACAUUUUGUAGUACUAUGAUAUUUCCAUACAGAUCUGCACAAAUAUUCAUAUAAUAACUUGCAAGCUUUCAGUCAAAUAAGGCCUUAUUUUUACCACAAUUUAUCAAGGAUGCAGUCCUUUCUCUAAAGUGACAGUUUUCUGUGUGACUCUACUACCAGAGGAAAGGCAGUACUGUGAAGUCCAAAACAAUUGCUGAAAAUUUGCCUCUGAUGCCUUGUCAGAGGUGCACUUCUAGUGUUUUUGUUUUCCAUGAAUGUGUCAGACUUAAGUCUUGAUCUACUGAUUUACCUUUAUUUUUAUAUUGGUAAAACUCAGAGCAACAGAGCUUUCCAUGUAAACUGUGGAUUUGUUUACUUCCAUAUUUUCACUUGUACAGAGAGUAUUUUGAAUAAAAUUUAUGGCCUUCAAAGAU